AUGUCAGCUGUACGUGUGUUGGUGUUCCCCGAAGCGCGACCGCGCGACGCCUCGCUCGAGCUCCACUGUCGUUUGCUGCAAUUGAACGCCCAGCGCCUGGUCCCGGCAUACGGUGUCCCGGUGCCAAUCUCCCAAGCACAGCAGUCCCCGGCCGGCGGCAGUGGUCCUGGUGGCGGCAGCGGCAGCGGCAUUCCCGGCGUCGCGCCCGGAGUUCCCAUCCCCCCUGGGCCCGGGGCCGGGUCCGGCGGCUCCGGCAUCGGGUCCGGCAGUCUGUCCGGCACCGGUCCCCUUGCCUUCACCUCCUCGCUGGUGGCCGGCGACGACCACUCGGCUCCGCAUGACAGCCACCGGGCGGCCAGCAGCGUCCCCUUCGGCACAGCCUGGAGCUAUGGCAUCAAUGUUCUCCGGUCGGCCAGCAGCAGUCUCCUGGCAUCGGUGGCAGAUGGGUCACCUGGCACCGGGGUCGCGGCCCCGAAAAGCCCAGCCUCCAAUGCGGCCGCUGUCGAUGGGGCGGCCCCUGUCGCCGGUGGCGAUGGCGGGCCGGGCCCCGCCGCACCAGCCACCUCUGGCCACCCCACCACCCCGCUGUAUAUUUGUCUGUCCCUGGCACGCGGCGGGCUGGACCUGGGCGGUGGCGGCGGCACCGGGCAUCUGAUCAUGCAGGACCCCCGGGAGUUGGGGUUGCACCGGUUGCCGGAGGUCAUCAGCCAGCAGGCGGCCGCCUUGCAGGCGCCUGCUGGAACGGCGGAUGCCGCGCUGGCCUUGCGCGCGCGUGCACACCUCUGGGGCCCAGCCCUACAGGGCCCUCUGACCACCAAGCAGCUUCCCGGGACUGUCGGCCUGCCAGUGGCCACGGUCAUCGGGCCGCAGUGCGUGGUCGGGCGCUUUGUGCCAGCUACAGCGCCGGCUGCCACUCCGGCGGCCUCUCCCUCGACGCCUGCGCUCGGAUCCAGCGCGGCGACCAAUGCCGAGGUGCAUGCCCUGCUGUCCGGCGGGCUUGGACCCGGGCCGCUGGAGGGCCCUGCCGUUCCGCUGGACUUCUACACCCCGCUGACGCUGCCCCUCCCUGGGAAUGUGGUUUCGCGCGACAUCAGCCACAUUCUCCCGCGCAUGCAUGGGCUCCUCCACCGAGCGUCCAUCCAGGUCGAGCGCCUGGCCACUUACAAGGCCAACCUGCCGACGAAUCCGAUCAUGCGAGGCUUCGUCCUGGAGGUGGAGUGCAUUUCCAUGUCCCUGCCGGACUUCGAGGCGGCCACCUCGGACUCGGUGCAGCGGUAUUUGCACGAGUUCGCCGAAAUGCUGGUCAAUGGGACCUUCCCCUCGAGCGACCCGACCUUCAUAGCCCCGACGGCGAUUGCUCUGGGGCCUUUUGAGCCGGCCGGAGCCCCGGUCACUCCGAUGGCCCGGUGGGCCCCGCCUGUGGUCCCGCACCAGCGUCCCGCCGCCCCGGUGCUUGGAGUGCAGCCGCGCUUCUGGCAACGCUCGACUGGGGCCGGGGCCCAGGAGGUUGAGGACUUUGCUCGCCAGCCCCUUUGCUCGGAUGUCUUCGCCUCGCAACAGUAUAUCGCCGCCAUCAGCCGGUGCUGCCUGCUGGGAGGUGUGCCAUGA